AUGUUCUUUUUUCUAUGCACACUUGUGCUCUUUCAUCACCCUCUAUCUGCAAAGGCAGAAAACACUAUUUGCCGAAAGAUGGGAGACCCUACAUACCCCGUGUUUUCUAAGGAUGGAGAAUUUAAUAUUGGAGCAAUUUUUCCAAUCCACAGCAAAGAAAGAUUACCUUCAUUUAAAUUUACACAGAAACCUCAGCUUCUAUCAUGCUCUAGUGUGAAUCUAAGAGAUUUUCGACUGGUUCAGAUCAUGAUAUUUGCAAUUGAGGAGAUUAACAAAAACCUUUAUUUACUUCCAAAUGUUUCUAUUGGCUACAACAUUUAUGAUAGCUGUGGAUCAAGACUUUCUUCUUUGAGUGCAAUUAUGGCAGUGAUGAAUGUCCAGGACAUUGCAGCAAGGGAGAAAUGCUUUGGACAGUCUCCUAUACAUGCUAUUAUAGGAGAAACAGAGUCUGCCACAACAAUUAUUCUGUCUAGAACCACAGGACCUUUCAAAAUUCCAGUGAUAAGUCACUCAGCCUCAUGUGAGUGUCUCAGUAACAGGAAUGAUUACCCUUCUUUCUUCAGGACUAUUGCUAGUGAUUAUCACCAGGGCAGAGCACUUGCACUUUUGGUCAAGCAUGUAGGUUGGACUUGGGUUGGAGCUGUGAACAGUGACAAUGACUACGGGAACAAUGGAAUGGCCACAUUUCUGAAUACAGCACAGGAGGAGGGAAUUUGUGUAGAGUACUCUGUGAAAUUUUACAGAACAGAGUCGGAAAAACUCCAAAAAGUGGUAAAAACAAUGAAAGAUGGCACAGCAAAAGUAAUUGUUGCAUUUGUUUCAUUUCUUGAUAUGGGAUUGCUAAUUGAGCAACUUAGUAUCCAAAACAUUACAGGCCUCCAAAUGAUUGGAGUGUUUGGAUGGAUAACUGCAAAUAAUUUUUUCACUCCAAACACUUUUCAUGUGAUGAGAGGGUCACUGGGUUUUGCUGUGCGAAAAAUCAAUGUUCAAGGGUUUGGAGAUUAUGCUACAAAAACAUUCUGGGAAACUGCUUUUCCAUGCUCAGCUAGAGAUCAAUCUGAAUUAAAUUGCAGCAGAUAUCAGGAUCUACUUGAGCUAAAAAAUUACAAUGAAGAUGUGUCUGAACAUAGAUAUUCAAGUAAUGUCUACAAAGCUGUCUAUGCUGUGGCUUAUGCACUACACAGUCUGCUGAAGUGCACAGGACAAGAAGGAUGUGAAAAGGGCCUGACAAUACAACCACAGAAGGUGGUUGAGGCUCUUAAAAAAGUCAAUUUCAGUGUAAAAUUUGGGGAUCGUGUGUGGUUUGACAGCACUGGUGGUGUAGUGGCCCAGUAUGAAGUUGUGAACUGGCAGAAGGACUCAGAUGGAACAUUUCAAUUUAAACCAGUGGGUUACUAUGAUGCCUCACUGCCUCCUGACCAGCGCUUUGUACUUGACACAGAAAACAUAAUCUGGGCUGGAGGACAGUUGGAGAAACCAAGGUCUGUGUGCAGUGAGAGUUGUCCUCCAGGCACUAGGAGGGCUACACAGAAAGGAAGACCUGUCUGCUGUUAUGACUGUAUUCCAUGUGCAGAUGGAGAAAUCAGUAAUGAGACAGAUUCAAAUAACUGCCAGCAGUGUCCAGGGGAAUACUGGUCUAAUACUGAGAACACUAAAUGUGUGUUAAAGGUUGUAGAGUUUCUGUCAUUCACAGAAGUUAUGGGAAUAGUGUUAGUCUUUUUCUCUCUGUUUGGAGUAGGAAUAACUGUACUGGUGGCCAUCCUGUUUUACAGUAAGAAGGACACUCCCAUAGUAAAAGCCAACAACUCAGAGCUGAGCUUCCUAUUGCUCUUCUCAUUGAUUCUGUGUUUUCUCUGUUCACUUACUUUUAUUGGUCGCCCCACUGAGUGGUCCUGUAUGUUGCGUCACACAGCGUUUGGGAUCACUUUUGUUCUCUGUAUCUCUUGUGUUCUGGGGAAAACUAUAGUGGUGUUGAUGGCAUUCAAGGCGACACUUCCAGGAAGUAAUGUCAUGAAAUGGUUUGGGCCUGCACAACAGAGACUCAGUGUUUUUGCCUUCACACUUAUACAAGUUCUUAUCUGUGUGCUUUGGCUAACAAUAUAUCCUCCUUUCCCUUAUAAAAAUGUGAAAUAUUAUGAGGAGAGGAUCAUUCUUGAAUGCAGUUUGGGUUCUACUAUUGGUUUCUCUGCUGUGUUGGGUUAUAUUGGUCUUCUGGCUGUCUUGUGCUUCAUUCUAGCUUUUCUGGCUCGGACGUUGCCUGAUAACUUCAAUGAAGCUAAAUUCAUCACAUUUAGUAUGCUCAUAUUCUGUGCUGUAUGGAUCACAUUUAUCCCAUCUUAUGUCAGCUCUCCUGGAAAAUUUACUGUAGCUGUGGAGAUAUUUGCUAUUUUAGCAUCAAGCUAUGGUUUACUAUUCUGCAUAUUUGCACCGAAAUGUUAUAUCAUCCUGUUUAAGCCUGAACAAAAUACAAAACAACAUUUGAUGGGAAAAAACCUAAACACUACUGAGAAAAAGUAA